GACCUGGGCUGGCCGAACACCAUCGCCUACCGCGGUGUGACCCGGGCCAGCGUCUACAUGCAGCCCCCCAUCGACGGGCAGGCCCACAUCAAGGAGGUGGUUCGCAAGAUGAUCAGUCAGGCCCAGAAGGUGAUCGCGGUGGUCAUGGACAUGUUCACCGAUGUGGACAUCUUCAAGGACCUGCUGGACGCUGGCUUCAAGAGGAAGGUGGCCGUGUACAUCAUCGUGGACGAGAGUAACGUCAAGUACUUCUUGCACAUGUGCGAGCGGGCCCGCAUGCACCCGGGGCACCUCAAGAAUCUCAGGGUGCGCAGCAGCGGAGGAACCGAGUUCUUCACACGCUCAGCCACCAAGUUCAAGGGCGCCCUGGCCCAGAAGUUCAUGUUCGUGGAUGGAGACCGGGCCAUCUGCGGCUCUUACAGCUUCACGUGGUCGGCCGCGAGGACAGACCGGAACGUGAUCUCCGUGCUGUCCGGCCAGGUGGUGGAGAUGUUCGACCGGCAGUUCCAGGAGCUGUACCUCAUGUCGCACGGCGUCAGCCUCAAGGGCAUCCCCAUGGAGAAGGAGCCGGAGCCGGAACCGGUGCUGCUGCCCUCCACGGUCCCACUGCUGCCCUCGGGCACCGUGGCCAAGAAGCUCGUCAACCCUAAAUAUGCGCUGGUCAAGGCCAAGAGCGCUGACGAGAUCGCCAAGGCUUCUUCCGAGAAACAGGGCGCCACAAGGUCCCCAGCGGGGCGGGGCCCAGCGCCAGCCGACCAGCCAGGGGACCUCCCCGAGCCACCCUCCUCCAUCCACCCAGGGCUGCUCAACCUGGAGCGGGCCAACAUGUUCGAGUACCUGCCCACCUGGGUGGAGCCGGACCCCGAGCCUGGCAGUGACAUCCUGGGCUACAUCAACAUCAUCGACCCCAACAUCUGGAACCCGCAGCCCAGCCAGAUGAACCGCAUUAAGAUCCGAGACACGGCCCAGGCGGGGGCCCAGCCGUGGAGGCAGAGCCAGGGUUGUGGCCCCACGCCCGUGCCCCGCGCCCCCGCGCCCAGCGCCCCCCAGGACGGGGUCCCAGCCGAGAACGGCCUCCACCAGGGGGACACCGAGCCACGGCCCCCUGUACCCAAGCCCCGGACGGUCCCCGUGGCAGACCUGCUUGCCCGGGAGGGCGGCGGUGUGGGCUGGGCCCUGGAGACACCAGAAGAGGAGGCGCCCCAGAAUGGGACAGACCACGGGCCGCCCAGGACAGCGGGCCCAGGCCAUGCCCCGCUCCCGCGGCCGCCGUCUGUGACCCAGGGUGACCCGGAUGGCGGGGGCGCAGUGGUUCCCAACGGGCUGGACGGGGAGGAGGAUGAUGAUGACUACGUGACCCUCAGUGACCAGGACAGCCUCUCAGGCAGCUCCGGCCGUGGCCCCGGCCCCCGGAGGCCCUCAGUGGCCUCUUCUGUGUCUGACGAGUAUUUCGAGGUGAUGGAUCGGUCGGCCACUCUCCAGAGGCGCUACUCGGAGCAGGCGGCCAACGGGCCAGCCCAGCCACCCCGCCGACAGCUUAGUGCCCCUCACGUGACCCGUGGGACCUUUGGUGGACCCCUGGCUGGCUCAUGGGCCCAGGGUCGGGAGAGAGAAGAGGUGGGCACUCUGAGGAGGAUACCGGCCCCACGCUCCGCUGACAAGGAGGCACAGGGUCAGCGGUUCCACCACUAUGGAGUCUCUGCCUCGGGGACCAGGGAUAAGGACGGCUUCCCACAGCCGCUGAAGACCCCAGGACCCCCGCGGUACCGCCCUGCCACCGACGGCACCCAGAGCUCCAGUAGGAAAGCAGGCCCGGCCGUGGCUUGGCCCGCAGCACUGGCAGGCCAAGGGUGGCCCAGGCCCUGGGAGCCCAGGGCCGGCCCGAAACGCCAGCCCCCUGGCCGACAGCAGGGCCACCGAGGAGCGCCCAAGUCCUUUCGGAAUCCCGUACUCCAAACUGUCCCAGUCCAAGCACCUGAAGGCCAGGACGGGUGGCGGCCAGUGGGCAUCGUCCGACUCUAAACGGCGGGCCCAGCCCCCCCGGGACCACAAGGACCCCUAGCACCCUGGGCCCAAGCCUGGAGCCAUGCCGUCCACGGCCUCCGCCCCAGCCUGGGCUCACCGUGUGGGUGGCUCCCAAGGCCUCCCGGGCCUCCCGAGCCUGCCCUGGAAGGCAGGAGGGUGGGGUGAGUGGUGACCUGGCCACUCACCUGGUCAGUGCACCAGUACCAGGUGGCCAUGAUGGUCAGGCCGAAGGUCAUCCCAGUCCACGGGAGGUCCCCCGUGUAGGGGUCUCGGAACAUGUGCAUGGCGUCUGCCCGCGGCAGGUGGCAGGUCGUGUUGGAGAUGGUCCUGGACGGGACGGCCCGGGCGUAGGCUGCUGCCAGCUGCUCAUACCCACCAAUCUGCUCGAAAGCUGGAGCGGGCGGGGCGGGACAGGGCGGUCAGCGGCUGGGGGCCUCCUCCCACCCCCACUGUCCUCAUCUCACAAGUAGCUUCCCGAUGCACCAAACUUGACUUUUUCCCACUUCACUUUUCCCAGUGUCUGGACAAGUACGGAAGGUAGAGGGUUUAAAGAAAGUGAAUUCAGAUGACUAUUUUAUUUGUAUUUAAAAUAAUGCUAUUAAAUGAGCAUUUUGCACACGGGCA